AUGAGCUCUUCUCAAACUGUGAACUUCAAGCCACUGAGGAACAACCUUGAUGAGAUUGAGAAAACAAGAGCAACCAUGCAAUCAUUUACAGAUAGAUUUGAAAAGAAACUAAGCACUUUAGAAAAAAAAGUACAAAUCAAAACUUCUGUUCUGGAUAGAGCCGAACAAGAACUCAAUAGAGUUGAAUUGUAUAUCGAAAGAUUCGAGAAAUUAUUAACAGAUUUAGAAAAAACGAAACAAAACACUAAUGAAGACCGCGGCACAUCUAUUAGACAAUUAAAAGAAAUAGAAAAAUAUCAAAUUGAUCAGGAUUGUGAAACAAACAGAAAUGCUGAAGAAAUGCGUACUUUAGAACAAAUUACAAAGCUUCUUUCUGAAUAUUGGUCAAAAUAUGAAGAGCUUGAUGCAUUGGCUGCACAUUACAGAUAUUUCAAACCAUUUCCAGAUGAAUACGAUGAUAAUUUUGAUUAUGAAGAAUAA